GUUCGAUUUCUCCGUCUCGCGUCGCAUCUUCGUUGUUCUUGUGCUGCCCAAAUCUCCUCGUAUCGCGGUCUCACAUCUGCGCUAAUCGCGGGUACCACGACCAAAGUACUAGCAGCCAGAACCAGCCACCCCUGCCGCUCGCUAUAACCACUAGCAGUCAGUUCUUUACAAUAGCGCGCAACAGCCAGUCGGAGGAUGCGCCUUCCAAGUCGACUCAAAAGACGUGUCUAGUUACCAGUAUCGUGCCAUGUGUCAUCACGCCCGCCAGCCGGAUAUUAAUCCUCUCGUUCUUCGCAUCCUCUCGUUCACGAUCAUCCCGCGCAUCGUGUGGCAUCACACCUGCUGCCCGCUGCCCGCUGGCCGCCCACGAUCAUCCCGCGCUCCCGCGGAAGCCUGAAUCUCCGCAGCUGUAGACGAUCUCUGGGGAAAUCUCCGCGUUUUCCGGAUGCCUGGGAGCGGCAUCGCGCUGUCCGGCCCGGCAGGAUUCGAAGGAGCCCCUGUGACCCGCGCCAUCGUCCUCCUCUCCUCCCUUUCCUCCCUCCUCCUCCCCCUCGGCCCGCACGCGGCGCUCGCCGCCCUCUCCUACCCCUCCCUCUUCCUCCACCGCCAACAAUGGCGCCUGCUGCUCGCGCCGCUGGCCUUCCCCUCGCUGCCCGCGCUGCUGCUGGGCUGUGCGCUGAUCUUCCUGCUGCGCGUGCACGAGCGCCAGAUGGGCCCCUGCAAGUUCACG